GGCGCCGGAGAGUGAAGCGAGCGAGAGAGCACUAGGCUCGAGGGACAAGAACAUUGGGCCAAGCGGGGAUGGCUCGAGGGAAACCGGCGAAUGCCCGCAGCACGCGGCCUCUAAAACAUGCCUCUUCUGCUUCGCUACACACCCACCGUCUCCAUCCGAUAGAGAUUUUCACCUUUGAAUUAAACUGCGGACUCUGGCGGAGACGACGACCUUCUCAUGCCUGCCUGCAACGUUCCCCGCCUGCACUCAACUCCUCCUUCUCUCAUCCCAUCCCCCAUUCUUAGCAAUGUAAUGUUCUCUUUUUUCACUUUACUCAAUCUCGACACUUUUUUUUUUUUUUUUGACGCACAUGUAGGUGCGAAAACAAUUAUAGAGGAGAGAGAGCAGCUUCUUGGUUCCACCUUCCGCUGCAGCUCCUGGUAAUCCGUCCAGUAAUCGGUAUCCGCCGUAUUAUUAUAUAAAUAGCUUACCUUGUAAGGGGGGAGGAGAAAAAGAAGAAGCGCAAGCGAAGGUGAUUUCUUUUUUUCUCUUCAUUUGUUGGCAAUGGCCGAUCUUUUCUUUCCUCCAACUCUGCUCCUCCUCUUCCUUUUGCUCUCUCUUCUCUUUCUGUACUUGAGCCAGAGGAGGAGGUGGGCCAGGGACGGCAUCCCCCCCGGCACUCUUGGGCUUCCUCUGUUGGGCGAGACGCUGAAACUCAUUUCGGCUUAUAAGACCACGAACCCGGAGCCUUUCAUCGACCAAAGGAGAGAUUGGUAUGGGGACCUGUUCACGACUCACGUGUUUGGGGAGACGACCAUAUUCUCCACAGAUGCGGAGGUGAACCGCUUCAUCCUGCAGAACGAAGGGAAGCUGUUCGUGAGCGACUACCCGACUUCCAUCUCUAACCUGCUGGGCAGGCACUCCCUCUUGCUGAUGAAAGGCGCCCUCCACAAGCGGAUGCAUUCUCUCACCAUGAGCUUCGCCAACUCUUCCAUCAUUCAGCAUCACCUCUUCGGCGACGUAGACAGGCUCGUCCGUCACAAUCUCCACUCCUGGGGGCACCGCGUCCUCCUUCAGGACGAGACCAAGAAGAUAACCUUUGAUCUGACGGUUAAGCAACUAAUGAGCUUCGACCCUGGGGAAUGGACUGAAAAGCUGAGGAAAGAGUAUCUGCAAGUCAUCGAAGGAUUCUUCUCCCUUCCCAUUCCCUUGUUCUUCACCACCUAUGGCAGAGCUCUUAAGGCACGAUCGAGAGUUGCGGAUGCUUUGAGAGCAAUUGUGGAGGAAAGGAGGGAGGAGAAGAGACAGACAUGGAGGGGGGAGGAGGAGGAGGAAGACGAGGUGCGGAAGCGGAGGAAGGACGAUAUGAUGGAAGCUCUGUUGCAAGAAGGACUAUCAGAUGAGGAGAUUGUGGAUUUCCUUUUGGCGGUUCUGGUUGCAGGCUACGAGACAACGUCCACGAUCAUGACUCUGACUGUCAAAUUCCUCUCUCAGAAUCCCCUGGCCUUGGCCCAACUAAAGGAAGAACACGAGGAGAUCCUGAGGAGAAAACAAGGUUCGCAAACAUUAGAGUGGAGCGAUUACAAGUCCAUGUCCUUCACACAAUGCGUGAUAAAUGAGACUCUGCGUGUUGCGAAUAUAAUUAGCGGUGUUUUCCGGAGAGCCGUGUGUGAUGUUCGGGUGAAAGGGUACACCAUUCCGAAAGACUGGAAGGUGUUCGCUUCUUUUCGCGCCGUCCAUCUCGACCCGCAACUCUACAGAGAGGCCCGAACCUUCGACCCAUGGAGAUGGCAGAGCAGCAGCGGCAGCGGCGGCGGCGGCGGAAAUGCAGCCGCCGCCUUCACUCCCUUCGGUGGAGGACCCCGUCUAUGCCCCGGCUACGAGCUCGCUCGAGUAGAGAUAUCCGUCUUCCUCCACCACCUUCUUACUGCCUUCAGUUGGAAGGAGGCCGAGGAAGACAUGCUAGUUUUCUUCCCCACCACCAGAACUCUGAAGCGCUACCCCAUCAACGUCGUCAGGAACAGUGCUGCUUCCCACCGCACGGCCUCCAACACCACCUGCCUCUCAACUAAUUGAAGACAAGAGGCGAUGGAUGGUGAGCUGGAGGGUUGAUUAAUUUCUUGACUUGCAAGGCUUACCAUGAGUGCUGGGUGCUGAUGAUCUAACCUCGCCUGCACAUGUCAUGCUGCUGAAGUUAUGUGUUCGGUAGUGGGCGAACUAUAUGUAUAUACACACAUGACUUGUCUCAAAGAAUGUAUUUUACAUAUAGCAUUUAUAUAAGAUUUAGAACAAGGAGCAGCUUCUGCUGUGUCGACCAGUGAUGUA